GGCGCGGGCGCAGAGAAACCGUGCCUGUGCGUUUUGCAUUCAGUUGUAAGGCAAGUUUUAGGGUCAUCAAACGAUUUAGAGUGAACCUUCAUACUUUACACGUCAAAGACAUUCCCAACGUUGUUCCUAGCUACACUUUGUUGAGUUUAUGAAAUAUACUUAGGUUUGUGAAUAUAACAAGUGACUUUCAACUUAUAGGUCGUGUUGCGCAUUGUCAUACUUUCGUACGUGUUAAGUUUUGGUUAAGUUAUACAAGUUUUAAGCUCGUUUCGGUUGUGACUAUGACUUAUUUGAUGAUAGAUAGUGACUUCACCCUUAUAGUUGACAUGGAAGGAUCUCUAGUGAGAUGAAGAUGUGGGAACUUUUUUACGUAAAUUCCGUGAGAAAAAAGUUUGCUAUCGGUUUGCCAUCGAGUAGGUGGCAGCGCCAUGGCCAAUGGCGGCUGUUCAGGGCCGGGGGUAUGCGGCGGGGCGCGGCGACGGCCUCCCCCGCCCCCCGAGCCUGUGCUGUCCCUCACCGCGGACCUAAGCGAGCUGAGCCUAGACCAGGGCUACCACACACUCGCAGACUGUGGACCUCCCAGGAGAAGACGCGAGAGCACGCUCAGCGAUGCUUUGUGGCUGAAGAUAUUAUCUUGUUUGGAGGUAUCGGAUUUAUGUCGAAUGUCGCGCGUGUGCCGGCGUUGGGCGCGGCUAGUGACCAGACUAACGGCGCGGCCGGAGAUGUGGCGGCGCGUGCGCGCAGCUGGCCCGUUAGAGGUUGCGGCACGCUGCGCAGGCGCUCGCGCCGGUCCUUGCGUUAGCGCCGUCAGGGAGUGGCGAACUAAGAGCUGCGCGGUGACAGUAGCUGGUGCUCAACUACUGGUAGCGACCUUUCGAAAUCUGACGCACUUGGCAGUAACGGGCUCCAGCAGCAUGGAUGCACGGGCCCUUGCACCCAUAAUCGCUGACCUCGUCGACCUAAGGCAUAUUGACCUUACUGGCUGUCCAAAUGUUGAUUGGCCAGAAUGGGCGUGGCUGGAAGGACGGCUGGCGACGAGACGGCCGCCGGUGGAGUACAUAGACCUGACCGAUUGCGGCAACGUGACUGACGCGGGACUAUGUGCCUUACUGCAUACGUGUCCGUCGCUUCAGUACCUCUACCUGCGCCGCUGUAUUCUAGUCACAGAUGCAGGCGUUCGGUGGAUUCCGUCGUACUGCGCCCUGAAGGAACUGAGCGUGUCAGAUUGCACGGGAGUGACAGACUUCGGACUCUACGAGUUGGCCAAAUUGGGUCCUGCGCUUCGGUAUCUCUCUGUGGCUAAAUGCACCCAGGUAUCGGACUCUGGUAUAAGGACAUUGCGUCGAUGCUAUAAACUGCGUUACCUGAACGCUCGAGGGUGCGGUGCUUUAGGUGACGAUGGCGUGGAAGCCAUAGCUCGGGGAUGCUCGAGGUUACGAGCUCUGGACCUUGGCGCUACAGAUGUCUCCGAAGCAGGUCUACAGAUAUUGGCGCGAUGCUGUCCGAAUUUGAAGAAGCUGGCUUUACGUGGCUGCGAGCUUAUUGGCGACGAUGGCCUUGAAGCCGUUGCUUACUAUUGCCGAGGUCUCACCCAGUUGAACAUUCAAGACACUCCUGUUACCCUUAGGGGGUAUAGGGCAGUGAAGAAAUUCUGCAAGAGAUGUGUCAUCGAACACACGAACCCUGGCUUUUGUUGACGCAACUAUUUUCAGUUUCCCGUGACUCGAGGUCGAGACAAUGAUUACGGUACAUAGUACAAAGUUUGUUAUGUAUUUUGGUCCUUUUGAAUUUCAUUUUUAAAGUAAUACAUACGGUUAUUCAGGCAAUCGUUUAACAUUAAACACUGUUUAUAAGAAUCUAACUUUUGAAGUAAGUGCAUAUAAAUAAAAACUUAAAAAUUCCCCAACACAUUUUGUGGUUGUGAUCUCUACACUAACUUGGAGAAGAGCUGAUGAUGUUUGAACACCUGGACAGAUGGUCAUCAAAACAUAGUUAACCGCUCACGUGAUACAUGCAGCCGUAGACGCAUACCACACCUAGAGGUGCCGGCGAUGGUUUUAUAUCGAUAUAUCGGAUAUCGAAGUUAUAACAGGUAAAAGAACUAAUAUUAAUUGCUAUUUCGACAACUACUCUAGCAAACCAUAAAGUUUUUAAUGCCUGCGUCUGUCAUUUAAAAA